AUGCCGGAGGUGUUAGUAUUGGACAGGCGGGCAGCAUUUAUGGGUGGUGAUGUGGAGCAGCUCGUCAACGACUUCAGCAUCCAGUUUCUUCAUAGCACGCCGUAUUACGCUCAAUCUAAUGGUCAAGCAGAAGCCAGUAACAAGAUUAUCAUUACCCUUCUUAAAAAGAUGCUUGUUGAAAACCCUCGCCAAUUGCACGAGACGUUGUAUGAACGUUGUGGGCCUAUCGUGCACGAAGACCUUAGCGGACAGCGCUUAGAGGAUUUGGACAACUUAGUAAUGGAGAAGCAAAGUGUCGCUCGCACCUAUGAUAAGAGAACUUGCGGCCGCAGUUACAAGGAGGGCGAGCUCAUUUGGAAGGCAUUCCUUCCAUUUGGUGAGAAGUUGACCGGCCGUGGUAAAUGGACCCCGCGCUGGGAAGGACCCUUUGUAAUUCAUAGGAUUCUGGAAUGUGGGGCUUUUCACCUCAGAGAUUUGGAUGGAGACCUCCACCGCAACCCUAUCAACGGCAAGUUCUUAAAGAAAUACUACCCCAGCGUUUGGGAAUUUGAAGACUGA